UUUAAGGCUCGUCUCUUUCUUUGUAAACUCGUCUGUUUGACUGUAGCUUGUUCGAAGUUCAGUCGCUGCUGCAAGCCAUGAGAUCAUUUUAAGUGUCCAUUAGUUUCCACGGUUUCAAGUUAAACCGAAGUGAAGCAAUGAGGCAUUUUCGAAUCAUUUCUGCUACAUCCUCAUGUCGUUAUAGAUUCGCGCAUCAACGACCUAGUUUUCAUUCGCAGUCUAUAAAACAUCCUAAAUUAUCAGCGUCUAAUCGAUCGAAGACUCUUUAUUUUGUACCUUCUUCAUUUUCAUAUCUAUCUCGUAGGCCCGAUUCAGUUACUAUAAACCAUCGUUUAUGGAAUCAUUACAGAGUUGCGUAUGAAUCUACUUCGACUUCGACGGAACAAGAAUCGGAGGUCAACCCAACUGAGAGGGUUUCGGCGAUUGUCGAUGAGAUUUCUGGUCUCACUUUACUUGAGGUUGGAGAUCUUACGGAGGUUUUGCGGCAGAAAUUGGGGGUAAGCGAAAUGCCGAUCAUGACUAUGAUGAUGCCGGGAAUGGGAUUUGGCGUUAAGGGUUCCGGGAAGGGAGGCGGUGCUGUGAAGGGGGAAGAUAAGAAGGUGGAGAAGACUUCAUUUGAUUUGAAGCUUGAGGGGUUCGAUGCUGCUGCAAAGAUUAAGAUUAUUAAGGAAGUCAGGACUUUUACCGAUUUGGGUCUCAAGGAGGCAAAGGAUUUGGUGGAAAAGGCUCCCACUCUGUUGAAGAAAGGGGUACCAAAAGAGGAGGCUGAGAAGAUAAUUGAGAAGAUGAAAGAGGUUGGCGCCAAAGUUGUAAUGGAAUAAGGAUCACUCAAUUGGUAGAUGGUGAAAUAUUGGCGAUACGGCAUUCAGUUUCAUUCUAUUUCACAUAUAAUUCUUCAUUUUCAUGGGACACUGACUCUGGGGGAAGCUCAAUGGUAGGUGCUGAAUUCAGAACUGUGUAAAAUACAGGACAUUUUCAUUUUGCACGUAAUUUUCCCAUUUUUUUUAUUGAAGAGGUUUCCUUCGUUGAUGAUUAUAUGGAUGGAGAAUGUUCCAACUGUCUCAUCCGUUUUUCUCAGCUUGUGAGGUGGAACAAGCUUUGUUCUUGGUUGGGUUACAUUGAUUCAUGCAAUGGAAACUUUGAGCUUACAUGUGAUUCAUGCAUGAAA